CUCCUCCUUCCCUUUCCCAUUUUCUUCUGUAAAGAUCGGACCACGGUGGCGGCCUCUUCGUCUCCAUCUCCUUCGCCUCCUCCGCGAUUGUGCUUGCACCUCAAAUGUCUUUUGUCAUCAGAAAGGAUUAUCGUUGGUUUCUUUGGUGUGACUUUUGGUUCAUAUGCCGUAGUCGGUUGUGGUGUUAUCAUCGUAUCUUAUUUCGGCACUGGACUUGAUAGAUAUCAAAGGGUUUGUGACAUUGGGCUUAAUAUUUCCUAUUUUAAGCUAUCAAAGGCUGUGAUUGUUAUAACUACCAACUCCCGUUCUGAUUUUAAGUUGUUACUUGUUAUCUUUUUUGCCGAACUAAGUUCGAUUUUGGAUACUGUUUUAGUAUUAAGACCAGAUAGCUCUUUCAAUAAUGGCCAAGACGUCCCUUCCGCCGGGCUUUCGGUUUCAUCCAACUGAUGUUGAGCUCAUUUCUUACUACCUAAAGAGAAAGAUAAUGGGAAAGCCAUUUCGCGUUGAGGCUAUUUCAGAGAUUGAGCUAUACAAGUUUCCGCCUUGGGAUCUUCCAGAUAAAUCUCUCUUGCUAAGCAAUGAUCGUGAGUGGUACUUCUUUUGCGCUCGAGAUAAGAAAUAUGCUAAUGGGUCGAGGACUAAUCGUGCCACUGAGAAUGGUUUCUGGAAAACUACUGGAAAGGACAGAUCGAUAGUUCACAACUCCCGUACUGUUGGGAAGAAAAAGACUCUAAUAUUUCAUACAGGCAAGGCGCCUCGCGGUGAUAGAACUAAUUGGGUGAUGUACGAGUAUAGGAUGGAAGACGAAGAAGUGGCUGCAGCUGGUUUUCAACAGAGUUCAUAUGUUCUCUGCAAAAUCUUUGAGAAAAGUGGAAUGGGUCCUAAAAUAGGGGAACAAUAUGGUGCUCUGUUUAGAGAAGAGGAUUGGGACAACGAUGAAGAUACUAUUGACCCUGCCUUUACUUUACCUAUUAUACCUUCUAAUGCUCCUGAAUCACUAAAUAACACAACAGCAGUACCAGUUGGCCAGCAAUCUGUUGUUUCUGCUGGGGGUGAGGCAUCUUCUGCUGCUAAUAUUCCUGGUGAUGAUGAUCUAUUAUAUGAUGACGGUAUAUCACUAGAGGAUUUGCUCGCUAAUUGCUUAGAUGACCCUCCACCUGAUGAAGGAAAUGAGCUUCCUGAUUCAACGACUCUCAACAACAAUAAUGAAGCUGUGGGUGCAGAUGCUGAGGGCAUAUAUGAUGAGUUAGAGGACCUCCUUGUAUGGAUGGAGGAGAGAGAGAUGGGCAGCUUGUACAACCCUGGCAACGUAGCUAACUGCGGAUAUGGGAUGCAACCCAUGCUGUCGGAUUUUGGAAGCGAACACUAUGUAGAGCUGAAUGAUCUUUGCUUUCUAGAGCAAAAUGACCUGCCAAAUGAUUUGCUUGCCACACACCCUCUCCAAUCUCGGAUGUAUUAUCCAGUCCCUGAUGCUGGUGCUGUUUUUCCUACUGCUUCCAUCGCCAACACUUCUUCUCCUUUAAGACCCACUCUUCCUGGCGAUGAACCAGACUUUUGAGAUGCAAGGAUGUGAAGAUUUGUGGUUCGAUCUUUUUCCAUUUUACAGGAUAGAUGAUAUUAGAAGUACUUAUAAUCUGUGGGACACAGGAGGUAGUUUUUACUGUCCCUCCUGAUUGAAGCAUUUGGACAUUAAUUCUUAUUCCUAGCUGACUAUGCUGAUGGUAGCUUGGAGACUCUGAAUCUGAAAGUGAGUAUUCAGGAACAAAAAAAAAAGGGGAAAAAAAAUAAAAAAAAAGUGUGAGUAAUAGUAUUCAAGCAAACAGUUGCCUUUUACUAGUUAUCUUGGUGCAAUUCUCGACCACUUCCUGCACGGUAUCCAACUACUGUUUCUCUUCAAAUUAUUCUCUUCGUCGUCUCACACUCUGAGAACAUCAACUUCGUUGAAGUUUGUAGCUCAUUUGUUGUACCUUGGUGGCAUUAUUCGCUUGAUGAUCGGCUAGGAUCAAAUCCUGAUGACCUAGCCAAAGUGUUUUCUCGUUUCUGUAUGUCAGAUUACAACUCGGCGGGCAGUGGAAGUAGAAUUGAACAUGUGUUGCAGAACACAGAUCACAUUUCCACCGAGGUCUAUGGUUUGUAACUUAUCCAGCAAAUACGAUCACGGAGACUUGAGAGGUGGUAUCGUUCGACUCUUUUAUAGUGAUCUAUUUUCUCUUUUACUAUGUUAUUGAAGGGAAAACAAACUUGUUUUCGACAUUAAUGUUCUGCUAUAUAACUCAUGGGAAACUAUGCUAUUGAAGGGAAAACAAACUCGUUUUCGACAUUAAUGCUUUGCUGUAUUGUAACUCAUGGGACGUUGAUUUAUAUUGUAACUUUGUGGAAUUAGUAUGUUACAAUUUCUAUGCGAUAACAAUGUAGUUGCUUGCUUGUGCUA